AGCUAAAUGCAGUCCACUGUGAGAGCUUCUGAUUUAUUUUUUUACCAAUAGAGAAAUUAAAAUUCUCUAACAGUUUUAUAAAACCCAGCUGAAGGCCUAGGACUGGGGCGGCGGCGUGCAUGCUAUCUUGGUAAUCAAGAAGCACAUUACUCAUUAUCUGUUUUUAGCCCAAUGUCAUGUGCUGGAAUAUGUUCCUUGGAUUUUCUCCAGCUGGACUUGGAGAGUUUGUGGGUUGAAUCAUCAUUUCCCAGAUAGGAGAGCACAGAACACUUUCAGCAGCAAGAGAAACAGCUGAAGACAUUUGGACAAGAACUUUUACUUGUGGGCUAUCUUGGCUUCACUGCUAGCUCUUAUUCCUCCUGAUUUUACCAGUAGAGUUUUGAAAGGACCGUAUCCAGCUUUGCCAUGUCGCUCUCCUGGAUCCUGGCAUCAGUUUCGGCAGCAGAGGUCCUCAUUGGCCUGGCUGUUUUCUGCCUUCUCUUCCUCGUCCUCCAGUCCUUUCAGAGAAAGACCCCCCAGGGCCUAAAGAAAAUCCCUGGACCACGGGGCUACCCCUUGGUUGGCAACCUACUGGAUGUGGGGAAAAAUGUCCACCUCAGUUUAACUCAACUGAGCCGGACCUAUGGAGACAUCAUGAUGAUCCACCUCGGGACAAAGCCCGUCUUGGUGCUGAGUGGGCUUGAGACCAUCAAGGAAGCUCUCGUGAGACAAGGAGAAGACUUCAAGGGACGUCCUGACCUUUACGUCUUCCGCCAUGUGUCCGAUGGGCAGAGUCUGGCUUUCAGCACGGAUUCUGGACCGGUGUGGUUCGCUCGUCGGAAGCUGACUCAGAAAGCCCUGAAGACUUUUGCUACCUUGCCCAGCCUCACCUCCUUCUCCCCCUGCCUCUUGGAAGACCUCGUCUCCAAGGAGGCCAACCAUCUGAUGGCAAAGCUCCAGGAGGUCAUGCUUGCCAAGAACCGCCUUGACCCCCAUCUGUACUUGACAGUCGCUGUGGCCAACGUAAUUUUGGCCAUAUGUUUCGGCAAGCGUUACGACUACGAGGAUGAGGAAUUGCUCAACAUUGUGGUCAACAGUGAGCAAUUUGCAGAAUCCACAGGCUCGGGAAGUCUAGUCAACUUCAUCCCUUUUCUUCUGUAUCUUCCCAGCAGCCUGAAAAAGCUUCAGAACUACAAUAAGCAAUUUAAUCACUUCCUGCAGAAGAACGUUAAAGAGCACUAUGAGAGCUUCAGGAAGGACCACAUCCGUGAUAUCACCGAUUCUCUGAUUGAGGAAAGCCAAAAACAGAAGCUGGAGUCUGAGGGGAAAAUUCAGCUCCCCCCUGGAAUGAUUGUGAACCUGGUUAAUGACAUUUUUGGAGCUGGUUUCAGCACAGUAUCCACCGGGUUGUCCUGGUCCAUUAUGUAUCUCAUCUCAUAUCCCGAAAUUCAGAAAAAGAUCCAGGAAGAAAUAGAUGUCACCAUCGGCAGAGAACGGAAGCCGCGCUUAUCCGAUCGGUCCCUGCUCCCUUACACAGAAGCUUUCAUCCUGGAAGUGUUCAGACACUCUAGCUUUCUGCCAUUCACACGUCCUCACUGCACCACUAGAGAUACUUUCUUCAAGGGCUACUUCAUCCCUAAGGACCUCUGCGUCUUUAUCAACCUGUGGCAAGUCCACCAUGAUGAGAAUCUUUGGAAAGACCCCUCGGCCUUCAUUCCUGAGCGUUUCCUCACUGCCAGCGGGAAAGAAAUCAACAUGGAUGAACGUGAGAAAGUCCAGAUAUUCGGUUUAGGGAAACGGCGAUGCAUCGGCGAGCCCAUCGCUCGACGGGAACUCUUCCUUUUCUUGGCCAUUUUGCUACAAGACCUGCAAUUCAGUGUUCCCGACGGGGUGACGGUCAACAUGACCCCUGUCUUCGGCCUCAGCUUGAGGCACAAGCGAUGUGAGCACGUCGAGGUGAAACAGCGUUUUCCUAAAAAAACAGGCUAAUUACAAAAGGGACAAAUUGCCCGCCAGCCUGUACAAAGAAUCUCAGUCUUUUCGGCAUAUUUUUGUACAGUCCACCUGGGGGAAAGCAUUGUAUGAACCUAUCCAAAGUUAGCAAAAAAAAAAAAGUGAUAAGUCUCACUGUCCAAUCGUGUCUGACUCCGGGGUGGUACUCAUCUCUGUUUCUUAGCCAAGGGAGCAAUCAUUGUCCGAAGACAUUUUCCAGGGUCAUGUGGCCAGGAUGGCUAAACCCCGAGAUGCACGGAAUGCGGUUACCUCCCCACCAAAGUGGUACCCAUUGAUCUACUCGCAUUUGCAUGCUUUCAAACGGCUCGGUGAGCAGGAGCUGGAGCAAGGGACAGGAGCUCACCCUGUCAUAAAGUGCUUGAGUCUCAAACCCGGGCUGUCAACUUUCCAUCUGACAAUCUCAGCAUCUUUAACAGCUGAGCCAUUGUGCCCCUUGGAAAAUACUAAAAUAAGCUUAAUAGACCCAUAAAACAUAGACAGGAGGGGGGGAAAGCCCACUGCUGUGAUUUCUAUAGCUACAACUAUAUAUCCAAUAAAACCACCCUUUUCUUUCUUGGUCCA